GAUCCAGCCCCAAGUAUGAGCGGAACUGUCUAUUGCCUUCUACAAAGAUCCACGGACCUAUAUUAGCGACGAAUCGGAAGCAGCAUGGACUGAGGAUUUCGGUUUCUGCAUCAUUCUGUCUGUCCACUUUACUGCCAUAAAGUACGUCCAGCAAACAGAGGGGAUGUUGAGAAACGGAGCAGCACAGGUUUUCAGACAGCUGAUUAGACACCAGUCUACAGACACCAGCCUGAUCCUGGAGAGAUCGAUUAACCGUGUCCAGCUGCUGGGCCGCGUGGGGCAGGACCCUGUCAUGAGACAGGUGGAGGGACGGAACCCCGUCACCAUUUUCUCCAUGGCAACCAACGAGAUGUGGCGCUCCGGGGACGUGGAGACGUCCCCCGCAGGAGAUGUCAGCCAGAAGACGACGUGGCAUCGUGUGUCAAUCUUCAAGCCUGGUCUUAGGGAUGUGGCCUACCAGUAUGUCAAGAAAGGGUCGAGGGUUCUGGUGGAGGGGAAGUUGGAUUACGGGGAGUACGUAGACAAGAACAACGUCAGACGCCAGGCUACCACCAUCAUUGCAGACAACAUUGUAUUCUUAAGCGACAACAUUCGAGGGAGGGACCAAUGAAGGAAGUGGCACUCUUCAUCUAGGAGGAAGACUGAAGCUCUUUCUGUGUAGCUACUCUAGUGUCUAUAUAUCAACUGACUGUUGGAGCUGUGUGCCUGCUAUCUAAAUGGGACAGAACACAGAGUAAAACCUCUCUGUUGACUGUAGAGAAUGAGAGAAUGAUAGAGGACUAUCUGUCCCUUGUCGGUGAGUGCACGGGCAGCUCCAUUGAGUCCAUCUCUAUUUUGAAGUAGUCAAUUUUCUUCUACUACUUCUGAGUUGGUAAACAAACUGAAAGGGUUUGUACUGCCACCUAGGGUGUGUUGUUGGAACAGGUAUAAACCCAAGGUUGGGGAUAACCUGCAGUUAUGGAAUGUUUGCUCACGAGUAUAAUUAAUUGGCUGAUGACCUGGAUUAAAUUGUGAUCCUUCCUUAACCCAUAGGAGGUACCAUCCAAUUGACUACUUCAAAAUGGUCAAUGUCCUCAAUGGCACUGUCCAUGCUCAAACAUGCUUAUGAGUAUUAAAGUAAUCUAUCAUUCUCUGAGUGCGCCAGGGUAUACCUAAACGUGUGGUUACACGUAUGUAUUUUAGCCACCAAAAUUAUGUUACUAAUCUUAGUUUACGCUCAUUUGUGGUAUUAUUGGUGGAGUACAACUAAUGGAACUGCAGUUCAAUGCAGGAAGAAAAGGAUCAUGCCUUAAAGGUGAGGACUUACGCUUGUUUCCCCAGAGAAGCCAAAUCACAGAUGAGAAAAAUAAAUGGGUGAUGUGUGACUGACAUAAGGCUGAACCCAAAACUAUGACUGUGCCAGUUUCAUAUGGAAUGUUAUACCACCUGUUUUCUUCUAAGCAUGUCUUUCUGUUCUAUUUCAAAGAUAGUUUGAAACUUGUAACUAUUUGUUUAUUUUCGGUUUCAUUCCACUUUAAAGUUGUUGUUUUUCCCUUCGGAAACCAGACACCAGAUUCUCACCUCCAUUCUGUCUGGGCAAAUGUUGUACGCAUGUUGUUUUAAUGUACUUGUAUGUAUCAUGUAGAAAAUAAAAAAUCUUCCCCCCAGAA